AAAUAUAGUUUCCAUUUUUUUUAUUACAGAACAUUUAAAAAAGGUAAAGGAAACAGAAUCUCCUUGUUUCUCGAGCACUCUUAAAACUCUUCUCUCUACUUAGCUUUACGCCAUCAACGAGAACCACAUAAAGAACGUCUCUCCUUUCCCGGAGAUUUUAGCUUCGUCUUCGCAACGUAUCCAAUAUUUCCGGCGACGGAAUCUCUCCCUUCUCCCUCCUAAUUGAUAACUAUGCUCCCCGUCUCAAAUCCAACCAGUCCUGAACGCCUCCUUAAGAAAUCGAGAACACCAGACAAAACCACCACCGACACUGAUCAGAAAAUCUCCUUCAACUCUGUCGGAAACUCGUCCGCUAACCGCUCUGCCUCCCGGAGCCACUGUACAUGGCUCAUCCUCUCUCUCCUCUGUCUCCAGCUCCUCCUCUUCCUCACUCUCCGCUCCAUCGCUUUCCCCAGCCGUCGCUCCCCUGAAAACUUCCCAUCCCCCGCCGUCUCCGUCUCCGUCUCCUCCAUCGAGUCUCUCUUCACCUCAGAUGAGCCUCACUUAACCUCGGACGAGUCUCUACCCACCCGAACCCGCUCCGAACCCGACGACUCAGGGCGAUGCGAAACGGGUCGGGUAUUCGUCUACGACAUGCCGAAGAUCUUCAACGAAGUGAUCCUGCAAGAGUGCGACAAUCUCAACCCGUGGAGCUCUCGCUGCGACGCGCUUUCCAACGACGGCUUCGGCAAAGAAGCGACGUCGUUGAAAGGCGUGAUCCCUGACGAUUUGGUUCCUUCAUGGUUCUGGACUGAUCAGUUCGUCUCCGAGAUCAUCUUCCACAACCGGAUCCUCAACCACCGUUGCCGGACUUAUGAUCCGGAGUCCGCGACGGCGUUCUACAUCCCGUUCUACGCUGGACUCGCUGUCGGUCAAUAUUUAUGGUCUAAUUACGCGGCGGCUGAUCGCGACCGUCAUUGUAAGAUGAUGACUGAGUGGGUCAGGGAACAACCUUAUUGGAAUAGAUCCAACGGAUGGGAUCAUUUCAUUACCAUGGGUCGCAUCACAUGGGAUUUUCGCAGAACCAAAGACGAAGAUUGGGGAUCUAACUGUAUCUACAUCCCGGGGAUGCGUAACAUCACGCGCCUUCUCAUUGAGCGUAACUCUUGGGACCAUUUCGACGUCGGUGUACCGUACCCCACCGGAUUCCACCCUCGAUCUGACUCCGACGUCGUGAAAUGGCAGGAUUUCGUCAGGAAUCGCCAUCGCAAGACGCUGUUCUGUUUCGCCGGAGCGCCACGCGCCGGGAUUCAGAACGAUUUUAGAGGAAUGCUUCUCGAUCACUGCAAGGAGUCGCAAGGAGCUUGCCGGACGGUGGAUUGCACCGGAGGAAAAUGCUCGAAUGGCUCGUCGGCGAUCUUGGAGACGUUUCUCGGCUCUGAUUUUUGCCUUCAGCCACGUGGAGAUAGCUUCACGCGCCGCUCGAUUUUCGAUUGCAUGUUAGCCGGUUCUAUUCCGGUUUUCUUUUGGCGUAGAACCGCUUACAUGCAGUAUCAGUGGUUUUUACCGAAGGAGCUGGGUAGCUACUCGGUUUACAUAGACCGGAAUGAGGUGAAAAACGGGACGACAUCUAUAAAGGAAGUGUUGGAACGGUUCAGCAAAGAAGAUGUGCGGAGAAUGCGGGAAAAAGUGAUCGAGUUGAUACCGAAUUUGGUGUACGCAAAGUCUCUGAACGGAUUAGAGACUUUCAAAGAUGCUUUCGAUGUGGCCUUAGAUGGAGUAUUUAGGAGAUUCAAGGAGCAAGAGAAUUGGUACAAAUGGAGAUGAGGAGGAGGAGGGAGAUGGUUCGAUAAAUGAUUAUUUAUUUAUUAAAUAAGGGUUUUUUGGAAAAUUUAGCUCCAGUAAAGUUUUAUGAUUACACUGUAAAUUUAUGAUUUUUAUUUGAGAGAUGAAUAAGUUGGUUGGUUAGUUGAGUUUUGUUAUUUACACUUGAUGGAGUCGUCAAGGAAGUUGUGCUAUGUGUGGAGUUUCUCAUUUUAUAUUAUUCUCUUUUGGAGAUAA